AUGAGCAUUGCACCUGUAGAAAUCUCUGAAGAUUCUUGUUCUGAACAAUUCCAUAAUAUCUCAUUAAACCACAACCUCUUUGAUUUUGCUGCAACUAUUUGGAAUCUCAGUAUAUUUUAUGGCUGCCCUCUUGAAGAUGAUAUACCUUCCCAAAAUAGAUUUAGUUGCUUCACAUCCAAUGGCAACAGCCUUGCCUAUUACCUGGAUGAAUCAUUGUUAAGAAUUCACCGCUCAGCGCUCACAGAUUGUAACAUCAGUAUUACAGUUCCAGUUAAUCAAAGCGAAUUUGAUGAACUCUUGUCCGGAAAUGACAUUGUAGCGGAUGCUUGGAAUAAGGGGUUUGAUGUAAUGUAUCACAAGGACAUCAAUCCAUGUAUGGAAUGCAGGAAAUCAGGAGGAGUAGGUGGAUCUGGCAAUACAUCGCUUGAGUUCUUAUGCUUCUGCCGCGACCAUCCUUACUCUGAAUUCUGUUUGGCUUCUGGUAUGAAUGCUUGUUCUCCUAACAUUUUCUCAAGAACUCCAAGAGUGCUUUCUCAAAUGAUCAUUUCAACCCCUUCCAUCUCCAUCUUCACCUUCUUCUUUAUCAGCUUGAUCCUCCUCCCAAUAUCAUACUGCCAAGAUGAUAAAAGUUUUGAGGAUUGUUUUAGUCCAUUUAACUGUGGAGACAUAGGGAACCUCACGUUUCCAUUUUGGAUUGAUGAUCGUCCUGAACUCUGUCGCCAAGAAGGGUUCAGGUUGACCAAGUGUGGAUAUCAGCAGCCUGUCAUAGAUAUUGGUGGGAAUGAAUUCCGACUCGUUUACUUAAAUCAGGCUACUUAUACAAUGACUAUUGCUAGAAACGAUUUGUGGGAACACAUUUGUCUUGAAAAUCCGAUCAAUAUAACUCUGGACUACCCUUUCUUGAGCUAUCCUCAAACAAAUCGAAACCUUACAUUCUUUUACAAUUGCAACCCACCACAAUUUAAUUGCACCCUAGGGUUACGAUCUUUCUAUGCGGAUGAUUUAACUGAGAGGGAUAAAUAUGAAGGCUUUAAUAGCUCUUGUGGUACUGCCAUCCAAGUUCAGGUUAAUCAGAGCGCUUUUUCUCAACUCUGGAAUGAAAGGCCGCAAUUGCUUGAAGAUUGGAGACUGGGAUUUGAUGUGGUGUAUAAUUUUUCUAGACUAUUCUGUUCAAAAUGCAACAGCCUCAAUGGAAGAUGCGGAAACUGGAGUUCACCUUUAUAUCCUAUCUGCAGUAAACCUGGUACACACAAUCCUCUAAACCCCACUCUUCAUCAAUUCACAUCAAUUUGA